UCCGUGGAAAUUAAAGACAAAAAUGUUCAUAAAGCAGGGUUCUGAGAGGUGCAGUAACUGGUAUAUUUCAUAACUUGAAUCCCUGUGCCAUGUUCUUUGUAUGAAUAUAAUUCAAGGCUGAACAAAUUUGAUGGCUAUCACAAACGACAAAGGGGUGUAAAUUACCGUUGCCGUACGACCGACAGGUUAUGUUUAUAUAAAAUACUGUUUCAAAUAUCACUAAACAGUCAUCCGGAACUGCAGACGUCAGAAUAUAUGUGCGGUUGGAAACCGUUCAAUUCUCUGUCCAGUCGGAAACUGGGCUGGGUGUGUGGUGCGUGAUCGGCUGCUGGGCCCGAGCAAGGUCGAUAUCAUUUUGGGUUUCGUCUGGCUGUAGCUAGCUGUCCUCAACCAGAAACGACCCUGCACACACCAAUUAUUCACGCCCAUAUUUCUCGAAUUUUCACGCCAGCGUGCAGCUCGCAACUGGUUCACAUUAUGCAACUGACAUCACGAUGACUGUGAAUUUGGAGCAGAUCUUCGCAUACGAGUGAAGUGGACUAAAAAAGUAGUCUACACUGCCUGAACCCUAUCAUCACCAUGGCAGCUCCGCCCGUGCUGUACACCUGUGCCCUGUGUGGACAGGACGGUCUGACUGACCCUGACAUGAGGUCUCACAUGGUGGUGGUACAUCAGGAGGAGACCAUCUCCUGUCCGUUCUGUACCCUGGGCGGUGUCAGCUAUGAUGAGAUGGAGCUCCACAUCAACACGGUACACACAGAUGACAUGGACAUUGGUAUGGAGGAGGCCAUGUUCAUUGAUGAGGAGAUGGAGAGAGAGAAGAGGAAUGGUGAAAAGACUGAGGAGGAAAAGGAAACAUCAGACACUCGAGACAGUUGCUUUAGACAGGAUGGAGCACUGUCACUAGAAGAAGAGGAUGGUGCUUGUUUAAACCAAGAAUUCAGAAUGAGUGUUUGUGAGAAUGAUGAAGGAAGUGAAGAUGAUGGGGACCUAGGUGCAAAAGGAAGAGAAAGGAUUGUGGUGAAGAGUAAAUCUUGGUCAGACAAUGGCACCCUAGCAGCAGACUCAGAGUCAGAGGAGGAACUUGAAGGAAGUAGUGACAAAAGAAGGCGGUUGGAAGAGUGUGACGUGCAAUAUGUUAGUGAUAGUGAUGAUGACGUUGAAAAUGAUAAUCAUGUACAACUCAACAAUGACAGUCAUGGAAACCCCAGAAAGAAAGAUUCCCCUAUGACGCAGUAUGCAAAGAAUGGUCUGUCCACAGAUUCUUCCCCUACCACUAGUACCAGCGAAAGUCUAUCCCCAGAGUCCAUCAUCAAAUAUUCCAACAGAAAUCAGGAAAAUACCUCUCCAAGAAACCCUCACCAUGGCAACCCACACCCAUGGCAUAAUGGGGAAAAUGGCAAGGUACAUUCUGGACCCAAGACUGGAAAUCCUCACAAGAAGGUCGACAUCCCAAAGAGUAAGAUCAUGAAAACGUCUGAGCAAAAGGCCAACAUCAACAUAACUGACAGUGAACUUGGUGCCCUAGCAUCAAGGAUUGAGGAUGAAGAGAUAGGUUGUCCGUUCUGUAACAUUAGGGGCAUUCCUCCUGUGGAUCUGAAUGCUCAUGUAAACAGGGCCCAUGCAGACCUGCUGAGUCCUGAGAAGGCAGGGCCAUCCAACAUGGCACAGUUCGACAAUGACACGGUGUGCCCCAUGUGUGGGCUGCAAGGACUGGAGGGGGACCUCUUUGCACAACAUGUGGAAGGGCAUUUCCAGGAAGAACAGAGAGAGCUUUCUGACCAUGCCCUGGCUGCACAGCUGCAGGAACAGGAAGAGGCAGAGACUCGGCGCAGGAAACAGAGAGAAGAAGAGGAGUUCAGAAGACUCCAGGCGAGAUACGGGAUGGAUAACCAGGGGAACUAUCGCAGCCAGUCCAUGACCCACAUGGAGCGAGCGGUGGCGAGGGGACAGAUGAGCACCAUGGAGUACCACAAGAAGAAGGCUGAGAUGGCGCAGACACUGAGCUCAGGAAAGGACGACGGCAAGUCUUGUGUGAGAGGCAUUGUGCAGAGACUGCGUGCUGCCUAUGCCUCUGGGAUCUAUGGUGUCCGGCAGGUGUUCCUGGCUGCCAGCGUGGACCACUUCAGCUCCAGCUGGGGGGAUAAAGGCUGGGGCUGCGGAUACAGGAACAUCCAGAUGAUGCUGUCAGCACUCUUCAGAGAUCCAGCCUAUAGAGAUGUACUCGUCAAAAGCAUCUCAUUCAUGCCAUCCAUCCCCAAGAUCCAGCAGAUGAUCGAGGAGGCGUGGAGCCGGGGGUUCGACCGGGAGGGGAGCGAGCAGCUCGGGGGGAAACUCAGAAAUACCAGAAAGUGGAUCGGUGCCACUGAAGUAGCUGCACUGUUCUCUUCCUUAGGAGUAAGAGCACAAGUAGUUGACUUCCACCACCCCACAGCUGCAGACGGCUCCCACCCUCAGCUGUUUGACUGGACAAAGAACCAUUUCCGGCAGGAGGGGGCCGGAGGGAAACACCCGCUGUACCUGCAGCACCAAGGUCACAGUAGAACCAUCAUUGGCUAUGAGGAACAUGCUGAUGGUAGUGGAAGGCUUCUCAUCUUUGACCCAGGGCACAACCCCAAGCAGAUCGAGCCCCUGGCCCACGGGAAGAUCACGGGCACGCAGCUGAGGGUGCUGCGCAGGACUAUGAGCGGGCUGAAGCACAGACAGUACCAGAUCGUGGCCAUCAGGGGCGUUCUCAGUAACAGAGAGGUGGAGGGAGCCAAAGUGAUCCAGUCAGUGAGAAUACCAUAGAUGCCUCUGGUGUAAGAUCGGACGACUUGGACCAAAACCUCCCUUUAACAACAAGUGGAAAAGCACAGUUCUAAAACUAGUCAACAGACAGUGAAGUAGUGUUUUGAAUAACAAUGUACUGUAAGUGGUAAUGUCCUGUUGCACUGCACAGCUAGAUUCAUUUUUGUGCAGACAAGAAGCAAACUCAAGGUGUACAUUUUGCAGUUAACCUGGCACAUUGAAUUAUUGCUUGAUCUGAUAAACUCAACUGAAUGAAGAAUUAUACCGACCAAUAUCCAGUAGAUUGGUUCACUCAGAACAAACUGUUUUAUAUGUCAAUUUAGAAAAUGACAUAUUUAUUACAAUAAAUUUAAAUAGAAAGUCCAUUGCUAUCUAUGGCAGUAUUCAUAUCAUAUAUAAGUGAGGAAAAUGUCAUUCUUCUCAUGCUGAAAUAACAGUUACCUGUGGUUGUAAUUCCAGAUGUCAAAAAAUCUUGGAAACAAAGUGAAUAUCCACACUGGAACCUUCUCUCUUCUCACAUUUCAGGGUUCCCUACAGAUCACUACAGUGAUCCCUGAUAGGUCUACAUGUAUGUACACUGAUGUUGGAUGUGAUAGACAAGUACAGGGGUGCUGUAGGGAACUUUGAAAUGCAAGGAAACUGAUGACCUCACAAAACUGAUGACACUUUGGCAAUAUGUUACAAUAAUGUCAGGUUUAUUGUUUGAUACGAUGCAUGAUAACUGUUCACAUGCUACAAGAUAAGCUAGGUGUAAAGUACAACACUGAAAGAUGUAUGAGCCAAGUUUAUUGUCUGGUGUCUAAAGGUAGUGUAAUGUAGUACUAAAUAAAGUAUUGAUGCUGGUGAUCUGCAUUGCGCACAAGACUGUUGUGGCAAUAUUGAUGAUAGUAUGUAUGAUGUGCAUUUCUUCUGUACAUUUACAACUGAAAUUUUUCCAUACUUUUGCAACUACAAGUACUGUAAAUUUUGUAGGUGUUAGAUGUGUUACAAUGUGUUACUGAAGUUUCAAUACAAUAGCAAAUGAAACAGCAACAACAAAAAAGAAAUCUAUAUUCUGCAAUGAUCUUGGUCACCUUUUUGCCUUUGAAUAUUACAUUUGUGCACAGCAAGGUUCACAAAGGAAAACCCGCGUCAAUGCUUGACUGAACGGCCAGUGAUACCAAGGAAACACUGUAAACAUAGAUAGUCUUGCUGUCAUUUAGAGAACUGUAACCAUGGAGAUCUCAUGCCAUGGAAACCAAUGUUUGAAAAGCGAGUGUGCUAACUCCUUUGUUAUGUUCCUGUUUGCAAAUUCUAGAUGAAUGUGACCAUGGAUGCUUCUUUUUAUGUUUUGAGCUGCUGACUAGCUAGCAAGAGUAUUCCAUGGCAAUGUUGAAAAAAGAAAUUGAUCUCAUGAUACCUCAUGUAGACUGAAUUGCCACUGAAAAAUUACAACUGAAGUGCUGCUGCAUGUUUAUAUCAUGGAAUAUGAAGAUAUUUUGAGACAUUUAUUGAAGUUAAAAGUCACCCUUGAUUGGGUGUGUAUAUUAUUUCAUCUAUUUUUUUAUGCUCAAUUUUUUUAUAAAGGCUGGUGCAAUAUUGUCCGUAUGUGUGGAUAAUUCUCUGAAGCUGUAUGUUGGUGAUGAAUAAAGAGUUGUCAAAAGAAGCUGAA